AUUAUCCUUUUUUUUCCCCUGUCAGUAAUUCCUGGCUUUGCACUGAUGGCUUUGCAGGUACAGACUAGAGCCCAACAAAGCCAAUCUACUCAACCCCAUGCCAUAAGAUCUUUUUCUGAAGAAUUAAUGAAGGUGAACAUUUAGUAUUAGAAAGCCCUGUUAUAGUCAUUGUUGGCACAUUGUUGUUAGGCAACUCAAGAAUGAUAUACUACAACUGGCAAUGUAGUAUGCAAUCACCCAAUGGUAGUACUAGUGUGUUGUCAUCUAUUAAUAUUGCAAUAUUAGUUAUUUGACUGAAAAUUUCAAAGGUGGCAUGCAAUUGGUUAAUUAGAGCAGGGGUUCCCAAACUUUUUCAACUACUUUGAGACCAAUCAAAAACAUUUUAGUGGAGAAAGAAAAAAAAACGAAUUGCUUUUUACUUUAUUUUCCUUGUCAUUUUUUUUUACAUUUGGGGCAUACUUAAAUCAUUGACAGACUUGGAAGCUAUAAAAAGGAUGUUACUUAGGUGAAUCAUUUGUUGAUUCUAUAGCCACUCUCACAGAUUCCUUAGUUCAUUCAGUGGAUGAUUCGUAAGAGUAUAGGAACAGGCAGUGAUAAUUCUUAUGCAUUAGCUACAGUCUAGCACUAGAUGUCAGUAAUGUGAUGUACAAUUGAUGUAGUGCUUGCUCUGUGAUAGUUCAGCUGGCAUAAGGAUGCUUAUUUUGGGCUCCUGGGGUGAAGGAUCCAGUGUCAGAGUAUCACUUCCCGCAUCAAGGGAAACGACAAAGUGACUGAUGCAUGAAACCAUUUCAUUAUCUGGCCAAUGUUCAACAAAUGAAGUACCCAUGAAUGUGCAUUAGAAAGCUAAUUGGUUUCAGUGUCAUGCUAAAUUGUGCUUUAUUAGAGACUACAUCUGUUAGCCUAGAUCUGUGUGAAGUGCUUCUAGCUUUUAAACUAGACUUUUCUUCUUUCCAGUGACAAUUUCGUAAGAGUUUAGCAUGUUUGAACAAUUGUUUUUAACAUAAUUUCGGUGACUGUAUAAAUACCAAUUUAAUUGAAGUUUCAUGUGAAAACAAGUCAAAAAUUUGCUGUUGUGUUUCAUAUUUGCAUAUGGAGGCUAUACACUCCAAGCCAAGUGCAUUCAUCAUAACUUGCCAUGGACUGAUAUAAAAGGUUACCCAUCGUUUCUUCACAUACAGAGCAAGAUGGGCAUUUUUAAUAGAGCCCAAGCAUUGAAGGUGGACAUUAAAUCUAAGACAGUAUGUGACCUCUAGUAAUAUGUUGUUUUGUCUUCAAUCUUUGGGUUCUUGACUGCAGCAUGCUGCGGUUGAUUGAGUCCAUUUGCAAUUUAUUACAGCACUGGAAAUUAUAGGAAUUUAUCCAGCUUUGGAACUCUUUGGCAUGGCUGACAGAGCAUGAGAGUGGAGCUGUAGUGUGCUGAGAAAUGCAUUCGAGAUGCAGUUUAAUUUUACAGCAACACAUCCAUCUGAUUGGUGGUAGGAGGGAGUUCACUAAUGUUGAAAGUAGUGUGCACUGAAAACAAGCAUGAAAUGCACUUCAAACUUUGAUUUAUCUAGCUGUUUUUGUUUGUUUACUUGAUACAGAAAUUAAUAAUGGUUAAACAGAUGCAGCAUUAACACAUUCCUAUUAAUCAGAAUCACACAGACGUUUUUUUUAUCAGCUCUGGCUGCUCCUCUUUUUGGGUGGUGAGAGGUGGUGCGUCAGUUUUUCUCAGCUUUGAGCUGGAGAAAUUAUAAUUAUGCUGCUCCAGAUGGCUUGCGUAUUGUGUUGCUGUUGGCGGGCCUUGAAAGAGCUUUCGUCUUUAUCACGCAAUAAAAUCAUCUCGGUGAACAGACACGUCAAACUUAAAGACGCAGCCAUAAUAUCAUCUCUAGAGGUCUGCGUGUUUCCUGCAGCCAGCCCUCCUCUUUCAAAGUGUAAAAUGAGAGUGACACUGAUGAUGCUCGCGAGAAACUGUGACUUGCUCUUACUGUUAAUCCUGGUGGACAAUGCCAAGAAAAGCCCAAGGGGGAAGAUGUAUGAGGUCCUUGUCCUUAUCAGCUCAGCAGACUCUCAGAGGGCAGAGCGGUUGUGGCGCCUCCACCGAUCACUAGUGCUCACCCACCGGCCCUAUUAUCAUGUGUGCUCACUGAUAUAACAGUGACAUCAAUCUGCCGUCAACCAGACCAUACCUGUGCCAAGUUAAACAAUCAAAGCCGUGCAUAAGGUGCCCUGUGAAUUCACACACCCACGCAAAAACAUGCCCGCAUAUUUCUCUCUAGGGACACAGGAGUUCAUUUGGCAGGGAACCUGUCAGGAUCUGUGCAUGUCAUUUUUCUCACCAACUUGCUGUGCUGGGAGUUUUUUACAGACCUUGCACUUUUUUGAUAGAGGGGCAAACAUUUCGGCUCAUUUCAGACCGAGCACAGACCGACUGGUAGCUUUGCGUGAAACAGCAGCUUUGAAUUUAGACACUGAAGUCCUGUUAAGCAUCUGGUCACAAGGGAUAUGAAGCUGGUUGCAGGGUUAGCCUUGCUGUGGCUGUGGGUUGUGGAGGCCAUGGAAAACUGCCCCGAUACUUGUAAAUGCAGCCAGAAAUCCAGUACGGAAAAGACUGAAGUCAGUUGUCAGAAGAAGGGACUUGAGAGCAUCCCACCCAAACUCCCUCUGGACACAUGGAUCCUUAAAAUGGGAGAAAAUUUAUUGCAGGAUCUCCCAGCCAACAUCCUGAGCUCCGUCCCUAAAAUCGAGAGCGUAAACUUUGAGCGAAACUCAAUCAAAUCAAUACACCCUCAAGCAUUUUCUGGUGCCCAGCGACUAAUGCUUCUGAAUCUGCAAGGAAACCGAAUGUCCAAACUCCCAGUGAAGGGCUUCAAAGAUCUCCUAAACCUACGCUUUCUCAUGCUGGGCCAGAAUCAGAUAGCUAGCCUGAAACCUAACAUGUUCAUUGGCAUGAGGAACCUCUCAGAGCUGGAUCUGCCCCUGAACGCCCUCACUGCUCUCCCACCAAAUACAUUUAAGCCUCUGAUUGCCCUCAAAGUCCUGGAUCUAGCCUUGAACCACAUCCAAAGCAUCUCACCCAAAGCCUUUGUCGGACUUGACGAGCUGCUUUUUCUCAAUUUGGACAACAACAAGCUGAAGAAUAUCCAAGAUGGGACCUUUGCAUCUCUGAUUGGUCUUGAGAUGCUGGUGCUAGACAACAAUUUUCUCUCCACGCUCACUGCGGCCACGCUAGAAGGUCUUUCCAAUCUGCAGGAACUCUAUGUGAGAAAGAAUAAAAUUGAGAGUCUGCCAGCUGACGUGUUCCGCCACACACCUAAACUUACUCACGUGGGCUUAAGUGGGAAUCAGCUUCAUGCCAUUGAUGGAAACAUGCUAGCCAACAUGCAAGGGUUAAAGGAGGUGUUUCUGCAAGACAACCCGUGGAAAUGUGACUGCAGCAUCAACUCGCUGGUGCAUUACAUAGCCCAGAUGAGGGCUAAUCACUCUUCUCUGCAAAGACUUCGAUGCACCAGCCCAGAAGAGUUUCGUGAUAGACCCAUCCACCAGAUUAAAUCUGAUGAACUUCCCUGCAGGGCCUAGAAAAUCCUCACAUCUGAUAUCACAUCACGAACGACCUCCAAAAGUUGGGAGCACAGUGUAAUAACAGCGUGAUAUAUUCUGCAUUUGAAUGGCGAUGCUUCACAAAACUCCAACCACAAUGGCUUUGACAGGUUAAUGAUAGAGCUGCUGUUCUGCAGAUAGUCAUAAUUUUCACCCACACCAGUUAACAAUUUUCAGGCCACCUGGAGAGCAGUACAUCCUACAAAACUAAGGAAGAAGUGUGCGUUUGUUUUUCCUUAUACAAAUGAAAUGCCUAUUUUGUUAUGCAUUAAUAAUAAUAAUAAUAAUACGUUUUCGCAUUUAACUUAAUAUUACAAAAGCUCAUGUUAUAUAUUCUAUGUAUUAUUUAUCCAAAGUGUUUUUUACUGUCCUUCAGCACCUACGUAGAAGACGCUGUCAAAAUAUAUUGUUAGUAGGUGAGUAAAUAAUAAAAAAAAACUGUAUCAUACAGCAGUUAUAAUGUUAUUAAACCCAUUCUCUAAAUUAUUUAUCUAUUUGAUGUAUACAGUAUACACACAAUAAACACAUUUCGCAACUUCUAAUGAUUUUUUGUUAGAUGCACUGAAGCUUAAAGGAAAUAAAUAGAGGUUAGAAAAUCCCCUCUGCUCAGAGACAGACUGCAAACUUCCACCACCACCUGAGACUGAAUUCCUCAUCGGAUUGUUACAGCUGAAUAAGCUUCCUUUCAAAUCAUCAUUCUGUCUCUAAAUUCCACCCAGGGCGCUGAAGCUGCAGUCCCACAUACAGGAGUGGGAUCUUUUCAGAUGCUGGGAAGGUGUUAUUAAAGCAGGCUGCUAAAACUUAUGCUUUGGUAUUUUACAGUUUACUGAUAUUAAAUCUAACUGGUGGGACAGCAUGUAUUCACAGUACAUUUAAAACACACACACACAAGCUAAGCUACAGUGUUAUCAUAGUAGCCUAUAUCAUAGUGACUGAUAUGUCAUGACAUGCUAUAAAAACACUCAUGCAUGCAAUGUUUUCACACUCAGAUGAUUGUGGAUAUCUACUGUCUAACUUUCAAAACAAAAACAAAUUACUGGUGCAUUGUGCUUUUGUGCAUAACAAGAUACUCCUUUAACACCUAAUUUCCCCCAGCGUUGCCAUGGCGACUGUAGCUUAUAGUAGGGAGCUCCUGCAGAUGCCUUACCCCUCACUGCAUCACCUCCUCAACCAGCUGUUACCGACUCAGCAUCCUCCAACCGCCUCACUUUCACUAGUAGAAUUACAAUAAUCAGCUAGAGAAUAAUCAGCUGUGCUUGCUGUUUUACUGCAGUUUUGUAAUAUUGAUGUCAUUUGUAAAUUGACUCUGCAUUGUGGCAAUUUACUGAGAUUAUGCAUCGAUGUAAUAGUAAUGUAAGCUUAACAAGCCAUCCAAAUUCAUCAUAUUCCAUGGAUGUUAUGUAUUUUUUAACCCUUAAAAGAAAAGAUGGAUCUGUCCUUUCCUAAUAUACUACCAAAAUUUAAAUAUGCUCA